UUUAGAAACGAAACGCAAGUUGGCGAACCCUUAACCCCUUAAACCCCUUUAGCCGAAAAUCCCCAUCUAAGAGGAGCAUUGGGAAGCUACACAUGGUCACUCCAUAGAAAUAAUGCUAACAAUGAAAGCUUUGAGAACCCUAAGGAGGACCCUCUAUUUCACCUCUCACAUUAACCCCACUCCAUCAUCAACCAUCUUCCACACCUCCUUCUCAGCCCAACCACAGCCCCACGACGAUUCCGACUCAGUCUUCGACAGUUCCCACUACGAAAUCAUCGACACCCAUCACAAUCAAUAUCACAAUCAGAAACAGAAACAGAAACCCACGUGGGAUGAGAAAUACAGGGCCAAAGCGGACGAAUCGAUAUUCGGGAAAGAGGGUCCAAAGGGGAAACUGAAACUGAAGGAGGAAGAAGAUGAGAGAAGAAGAAGGGUUCUCGCAAAGGCUUUGCUUGAAGCAGCACUAGACAAUGAAGAAGAAGAAGAUGAAGAGAAAGAGAAGGGUUUGGGUUUGGUGAAGGAAGAGGACCAGAAAUCAUUGUCGGUCGGAAUCAUCGGUGCUCCCAAUGCUGGCAAGUCUGCGCUCACUAAUUAUAUGGUUGGAACAAAGGUGGCUGCUGUUUCACGGAAGACAAACACCACAACUCAUGAAGUUGUGGGAGUGUUGACAAAAGGAGAAACCCAAAUUUGUUUUUUUGAUACACCAGGGCUCAUGCUAAAUUGCGGUGGAUUUCCUUAUAGGGAUGUCAAAGCUCGUGUUGAAAGUGCCUGGAGUUCAGUCAAUCUCUAUGAAGUGCUCAUAGUCAUUUUUGAUGUUCAUAGACAUAUUACCAGGCCUGAUUCAAGAGUGAUAAAAUUAAUUAAACGUAUGGGAGCACGACCUAUUCCGAAUCAAAGACGAGUUUUGUGUAUGAACAAGAUUGAUUUAGUAGAGAAAAAGAAAGACAUAUUGAAGGUUGCUGAAGAAUUCAAAGAUCUUCCUGGAUAUGAAAGGCAUUUCAUGAUAUCAGGACUGAAGGGGGCUGGAGUAAAAGAUUUGACUCAGUUCUUGAUGGAGCAGGCAUUCGAACGACCCUGGGAAGAAGAUCCAUUUACCAUGAGUGAAGAAGUUUUGAAGAUGAUAGCAUUAGAAGUUGUCCGUGAAAGGUUAUUGGACCAUGUACAUCAGGAAAUUCCUUAUGAUAUUGAGCAUCGUUUGAUUGACUGGAAAGAGCUACGAGAUGGUUCUCUUAGAAUUGAGCAACACUUCAUUACUAACAAAUUAAGCCAAUGCAAGAUUCUUGUGGGGAAGAAUGGCUCAAAAAUUGGGAGAAUAGGAAUUGAAGCCAAUGAAGAGCUGAGGUCCAUUUUCAAAAAGCAAGUGCAUCUAAUUCUCCAGGUUAGGCGUAAAUAAUGAACCAGGCGAAUAGAUUUGAUGUUGAGAGGGUACCUUCGUUGCCGCACAAUGUUUAUGCAGUAUGUAAAAAUGUCAAAGGUGUGGUGUCUCUUACUCUGACCUUCGAAGUACAUGAAGCUUACAUAACCUUGCUUGAUGUCUCGGUGAUCAUAGAGACAAUCAUUGCUAUGGAGAAACAGGUUGAGAAGAGUUCAUUGGUGAUCAAGCAGGCAAACUUUUGUGCCAUUUACUAUUUGGUUGCCAAUGUUUAAGGAAUCCGAUUCGUCAAGUUUAUGGUUUGUAUGAAUUUUAAAAGGAAAUUUCCAUAGUUUUUAUUCAAAUAUAAUUUGAUUUACACUUGUUUUAUCUAAAAAGACAACUAGGACAUUUGAUCUAUUUGUAUGAUUCUUACUCUGGGUGCUCUCAAAAUGGCCCUUCGUAUGGACCCCUCCCCACUAGGUGAGGUAAGACUUUUUGUUGUAUAAUGUUAUCUAAUGU